ACAUUGAAAAUGAUGUUGUAUCGUUGUUCGUAAGGGUUUUGCUUUUCCAUCAGCGGUGUGAGUAGUUUCCGGUUGCAGAUACAGUUACCAAGAUCGAAAGGAUGCCGUGCCUUAACCUCUCCACCAACGUCACCCUCGACGGCGUCGACACCUCUUCCAUUCUAUCCGAAGCCACCUCCACCGUCGCUAACAUCAUCGGCAAACCAGAGGCCUAUGUGAUGAUUGUACUGAAAGGAUCAAUACCCAUAUCUUUUGGUGGUAAUGAGCAGCCAGCAGCUUAUGGAGAAUUGGUGUCAAUUGGUGGUCUUAACCCUGAUGUGAACAAGAAACUUAGUGCUGCAAUUGCUUCAAUUCUUGAAACCAAGUUGUCUGUGCCCAAGUCACGGUUCUUCUUAAAAUUCUAUGACACUAAGGCCCAUCAGAGUCAAGAAUAUGCACAGUGUCUGCAUGCUUUACACCAGCACUAGAUCAUGGCUCCAACUUUGGAUGGAAUGGGUCUACAUUCUGAAUUCCAUGCUACUCUGGUUAUGGUGCCUUGAACGUUGAAGUCUUCUUUAUGUUUACCUCUGCUUCUAUGUUUGUAUUUUGGUGUCAUUAACUCAUAAUAUAAGUACUCUGGAUUUCUUGUAACACAAGGGAGGACAUAAUGCCAAUAUUAAGUGUAAGACACAAAUGGGGAUCUUAUGUGUUUAUGAUACUUUUGGACUAAUAUUAUCUGGCACCGCAUAUAUUGAUGAUGCAUUAUGAGCUAAACUUGAGACCUAGAUCUACACUGGUGUUAUUGCUCAAUAAUAUGACGUGAUAAUAGUUCUGACA